UGAAGCAAGUUUGUGUUCAGUUUCACGAACGGUUCGUGCAGGAAAACAACGAACAGGAUAUUCUGUUAGGACCACUCGUCGUUCCACUGGAGCUCAACUACCAUGCGCUGAAAAAGUUCGCCUCGGGAUGCCCAACACAGUCGAAGUAUUGCAACCAAAGAAAUCUGACGGUUUGGAAGUAAACCGUCAGAACGGACGAAGUAUCGAAGGUCAAACGAACCAGGCAUUCGAAUUAACUGACGUGGAAAGCGCCCAAAGGCCGCCACCUGAUUACCACAAGGACACGGCAACUAGUCAGGCAGGUGGUCAUGGAGUGGAUUCCGAGCAUCCGACCACGUAUCUAGAAUCAAUCAUGCAUAUCUUCAAAGGAAACGUAGGUCCUGGGCUGUACGCUAUGGGACAGGCCUUCUACAAUGGAGGUAUUAUUGUGUCACCUAUUCUGACGAUAUUACUCGGGAUCACGUGUGUCCACAGUCAACAUCUUCUGCUAAAAUCCGCGGCUAAAAUGAAAUUGAAACGACCGAAUACUCAUCAUCUACCGGACUUUGCAGAUACUGUUGAACUCUGCUUCACCCAUGGUCCGCUGAGGUUUCAACGUUGGGCAGGAGUGAUGCGGAUAGCAGUGAAUGUGUUCAUUUGCAUCACUCAACUGGGUUUCUGUACGGUGUAUUUUGGCUUUAUUAGUAAUAACCUUAAACAAAUUUACGACUUCUACGGCAUCCACUUGGACGUUCGAUUGCACAUGCUCAUCAUCCUUCUGCCGAUUCUACUCCCAUCAUUAAUACGAAAUCUCAAGUACCUUGCCUGGUGCAUGACACUUGCAAACGCAUGUAUGAUUCUCGGAACCUGCAUUACCACCUACUACGCCGUUCAGGAACUUCCCUCAAUCAGUGAACGAAACUACUUUUCCAGCUGGGGUCAGCUUCCGCUUUACUUCGGGACGGCUAUCUUUGCUUUCGAAGGAAUAGCACUGGUGUUACCAUUGCAUAAUGCCAUGAAAAAACCAUCGGACUUUGGUCGACCUCUCGGAGUAUUGAACGUGGGUAUGUGUGUUGUAACAUUGAUAUUUACCUUCUUGGGUUUUGUCGGCUACUUAAAAUGGGGCGACAACGUGAAGAGCAGUUUAACACUGAAUUUACCGGACGAUGAAGUUCUUGCCCAAAGUGUCAAAGUCAUGGUGUCGUUGGGUAUACUGCUGGGAUACGCACUGCAAUUCUUCAUAGCAAUACAAAUUAUGCUACCUACGGUGCUAAAACGGGUUAGCUGUGGUACCAAUAAUCCCGUGCUAGUUGAAGUAAUUUUCCGGACGAUGGUGGUACUGGUGACUUUCACCGUUGCCGAGAGUAUUCUGAACGUAGGAGCUCUGAUUUCGCUGAUUGGUGCCCUGUGCUCAACCUCACUGGCUUUGGUUUUUCCACCAGUUCUAGAGCUUAUUUUAGGAUUAGCAGAUAAAGAAUGCCGGGAUUCUGGCCAAGCUGACGUGACGCAGAGAGCGGAUAGAAUUGGUUGGUUCAUCUGGACCAAAAACAUCUUUAUCCUAGCACUUGCACUAUUUAUAUUUGUUACUGGAACCUUCGAAAGUUUGGAGGCAAUCCAACAUAAGGAAUGACUGAGUGAUGUAAAUAUAGAUCGAAAUUCUUAA